CAGGAAACAAGGCUCGUCCGUGUAUGUUCUAUUAUGUGCUGUGCAGAGGAAGCUAUUGUUCCCUGUGAUCAGCCAUUCCAGACUGCUGAAGGACAGCACCAGAGCUCUCCAUGGUGACUACCUUCUGCCAUACCAACAGUGCUGACAACAUACACAGUCUUAUAACGCUGCUGCUAUGCUGUAAGCUCAAGACGUCUGUGGAAACUGGAAGGGGGGGCUGGAUCAGGGGCAGAGAUAUUGAAAAUGGAGAAGACUUCAAACCUUACACCGAAUCUGGAUUUUUACCGAAACAAGAAGCCAUUCAAGCCAAAUGGGGUAUACAUCGAAGUGCUACUUUCCGACUGGAAGCGUGACUACGACAGAUUGGAGAGAAAUCAUUCCUAUAUCCAGUGGCUUUUUCCACUGCAAAAACCAGGUAGAAAUUCAAGUGCCAAACCACUGACCAUGACUGAGAUCCAGAUCAUGAAGAGCGACCAAGAAGUCAGAAGAAGGUUUCUUGCAGCAUACAAGCUCAUGCUGGGUUUUUACGGCGUCAAACUCCUGGACCUUGAGACUGGAAAGGUGACAAAGGCAGAGAAUUGGAAGGAGAGAUUCCAUAACCUGAACAAUUACAGUCACAACAACCUGCGGAUCACCCGGAUACUCAAGUGUUUGGGGGAGAUGGGCUACGAACACUUCCAGGCCCCUCUGGUCAGGUUUUUCCUUGAGGAGACCAUGUGUAACAACAACUUACCCAACGUGAAAAGGAGCGUACGGGACUAUUUCAUGUUCACCGUGAAGGACAAGCAGGAACGCGCAAAGCUGAUGACAUUGCUUGAAAGAAUUGAGAAUCCCACAAACCAUUUAUCUGGGGACCAGUGGAGAAGCUCAGAAGUUACAGAAAUGGGAAUGGAACUAGGAGUGCAGGGGAGGGAAGAGUCUACAAGUAGGAAAAGGAGGCAAAGAAGAUAAUUAAGAUAGGGAAGUGUAAGUACUCAUAUCAAUCAAUCCGAUCCCAACCAUGAAGAAUUUCAACACUCUUUCCCUUGUUUUAGACUGACUAGCAAGCAUUCACUUCCUCUUUGGGUGACCACUAUUUGUGAAUGCUACAUAAAGGUCUGGCCUUAGGUUACAUGACGCCCUCUGCGGUAUAUACAUACAGACGUGGACAAAAUUGUUGGUACCCUUUGGUCAAUGAAAGAAAAAGUCACAAUGGUCACAGAAAU